AUGACGAAGAAGCUUGGUCUUCAAGCUUUUCUCCGCAGGGAGGUCAUCAAAACCAAGCUCCAGGUGCCCACAGAGAAUAAUACUGCAGGCCACACAAAGAAGGGUUGUAUGCCAGGAACUCAGCCCGAUAUCUAUGAAGAGCCGGAAAGAAACACAUUUCGUGACAUAUUCGGAGACAGCGAAGAAGAUUAUGAAGCCCCAUUGGAAAGGUUCAGAAGCUCAAAGACGCCAUUUGCAGUUCAGUGCGAGACGAAACAAAAGACCGAAAUAAGGAUCCGUAUUGAAGAAAUUAGAAAGCAACUCCUCGCGGUUAUUGAUACUUCCUUCAAAACUCCCCGUGAAAGAGCUAUCGUUGCUAGGGAACGCGAUCGUCUAUUACGGUCUAUCGAGCGUUUGGAGGCUCAAGAGCACAGGGAGAAAGAUAAUGCGCUUCGAGCAACUGGAAACCUUCCCGAGCCAAUCUCUGAAUCUGAGAGAAAGCAACAACGAAAGGAAAUCGAACUGGUAAAAAAAGCUCUUGCGGGAAAAGAAAAAACAAAAUCCCCCACCAAACGUCCCAUUCGUCCUAUGGACGAUGACCCGGAUGGCGAGACGCGGAAAAUGCUAGGAAUGCCAUUGAAAAGACGCAAGCUCGAGAAGACGGGUAAGUGGGCAGGUGAACUUCGUUAUGCGGUGCCGGAGUUGAGGUGUAAGGAUUAUGGGGUUGAGAAGUUGAAGGGGAUUUUAUUGUGUGGAGCGAGUGAGGAGCAAAAGAAGUGGUUGGGAAAGUGGUUUGGUGGGUUGGAUGUGAGGGAUGCUACUAGUGGUGGUGGAAUGAGGGGUUCUGGGAAGGAGAGAAGUGGGUGA